CUAAUUAAGUCGUCACAGCUGUUUGUUUAUUGAUAACAGAUACAUCUCUCUAUAAACAUUACAAUGUAUUUUACGAAAUUGCAAAUUAAAUAAGAACGAUAGAAAUUAAACAAGGAAAUAUUGGAACAUGGAGAGUCACAUAUUUAAAGUAAAAAAAUUAAACGUUUUCGAUCUUAGAGAUUCAGACGCUCACGUCCAUCCCCUUUAAACCAAACACUUGCAUGCCGGAAGACCUUGGGUAGUGAUAAAGGACAGAGGGGCUCAAGAGGCGCCCACACGAGUAGCUGUAUUAAAGACACAGAUCGAGAUUUCCGUUGAAAAAUGUUUGAAAGUCAAUGAGAGAAGGCAACGACAGAAGGAGUGAGGAAGAGUCUGGCAGAAAGAGGCUUCGCGGGAGGAAGUGAGGGGAACUGACGACUCGAAUUUUCCAGCAAAGAAGAGUUUAAUCUCGAAAAGGCGAUUAGACAAGUCCGAAGCCGAAGGCUUGCGUUCAUACACCUUGACUCUAGGUGCACCGUGCACGCCCCGUUUAGCUAGUGUGUCGUCAGCCUCUCUCUCUCUCUCUCUCUCUCUCUCUCUCUCUCUCUCUCUCUCUCUCUUUCUUUCUUUCUCUCUGGCCCCCUCUCCGAGCUUUUCAGAUCCCUCCGCCCUUCGUCUCUUGUUGGCGGCACCUUCGCCUUGCGCUCGGCGCUUUCAGCCGCUGUCCUCGUCCUCCUCGUCUUCGCUGCUCUUCGUCGCCGUCGCUGCCGCGAGUGUCGCGACUCGCGCCCCGACGCGCUCGCACAUCCGUACGCGUGUGCGCGUAACGCGACCACUCACCGUCUUCCAUCCUCUCUCACGCUUAUCUUGGCAGUGUACGCUUUACGCAACAGCGCGCCAUCCGUUUUCCCAUAACGUCGUUGCUACCAUCGUCACUGCCGGAGCUGCUUCUGGAACCGAUGCUGGUGCUAAUAUUGAACAAACGCCUGUAGUUACAAUUUUGGCUUUUGGCCUUCGCACCUACGUGGGCGCAUUCGAGUAUAUAGGUGCGUGUAGCACCUAAGUGACCUUAAUGCACCUGCCUUACACGCACGUACAAUGAAGGCGACCGUCAUCUAGCUGCGUCCACGCCACUUGCCACAUCCUAGUCUUGUAAGUUUGCUGUGCUCUGUCAAUAACCCCAACAAGUCCUGAGCGUCGUACGUCAGCUUUAUGUCGUGGAUGUACGUGAAACCUGAGCGCGCGUGAGAUCGUCCUCGUCCUCGAAAUGUCCAACGUGAAAAAUUCGAACCUUAUCGUGCGACGAUCCAACGGAGACGGCGGAGCCGAAGGCGGAGGUGGAAGCAGCAGUAGCGGUGGCAGUAACAGCAGAGGGAGAGAAAUGGACAGAGAUGCCGAGUACGAAAAUGUCGAGCAGUCCGAGAAGCAAGUGGAAGUGAAUUUCCGUCCAACGGCAGCUACGCACAAUCGUAACGUACCCGCUUCUAGGGAAAAUAAUCGGCGGCAUCAGCAGCAGCAGCAACAACAACAACAACAACAACAACAGCAGCAACUAUUACUGUUACAACAGCAGCAACCGCAGCUCGUGACCCACGACGACAACACUGACGACGAAGAGGAGGAGGAGCCCGAGGAGGAGGAAGAAAAUGACGAGGAAGAGGAAGAGGACGAAGAUGCUGAACCCGAGACGGACGCUGCUGAUACCGAGAGGGAGUCCAAACCUAUUCUUAACAAUAAAUUAAUAACAUGCAGCGAAGAAAAAUUAAAUGAAAAUAAAACAGAUCUACAUAAUAUUGGAGUAAGAGAUUAUCGAUCUCUAAGGAGGCAUCAUAUUGGAUUAGAUUUACAAAAUAGUAACAUGGAAAAUAUACAAGAUAUGUCAGAUCACAAAUUGAAAAGAGAAUUAGGUGGUGUUGAACAUUAUACAGCAGCGGCUGCAGCUGCUGCUGCUGGAAUGAUCCACCAUCAUCUUCACACUGGAAUUGAACAUAUGAGAGGCAAUACUGGUGUUGACAUGGAAAUGAAAAUAUCCAGAGAUGGACGAACAUCUUGUUUAGGCUUGGGUCUAUCUUUAGAACUUUGUGUUGUGUGUGGUGACAGAGCAAGUGGAAGGCAUUAUGGUGCUAUUAGUUGUGAAGGUUGUAAGGGUUUUUUCAAACGAAGUAUUCGUAAGCAACUUGGUUACCAGUGUAGAGGGAGUAAGAGCUGUGAAGUUACAAAACAUCAUAGAAACCGCUGUCAAUACUGUAGGCUUCAGAAGUGCUUAGCAAUGGGCAUGCGGAGUGAUUCUGUUCAACAUGAAAGAAAACCUGUUUUGGGUAACAAUGAGGCUGGUACUGGUGGAAAAGGUGGAAAUCGUGGAACACGCAUUAAACCUGAACCACAAGCUGCUACUAUUAUUGAGACAACAGUACCCAGUGCUUGGGAACAACACCAGCAUCAUCAGCCUGAGAGUCCCAGUAUGGAGGAUCAUCAAAGUAGUGAUAGCGAUCUCAGCGAUGCUUUAACAUUAGCACGAGAACGUCUUCUUAUUUCUCAUGCCUUGGAUAAUAUGGCUAAACUUAUGGCUGGAGAUAAUAUUAAUGGAAAUACUGAUGGUGAACCUGAUGAAGAAUGGAAUUGUGGCCAAUUAUUGUUUGAAAGACACAUGCAUUUUGAGUUAAGGGCUCCUAGUCCAGCUCCUGCAUAUUUAUCAAUACAUUACAUCUGUGAAAGUGCUGCAAGAUUAUUAUUCUUAUCGGUGCACUGGGCUAGAGGCAUACCAGCUUUUCAAACCCUUCCCUCAGAAAUACAGACAUCACUAGUGCGCAGUUCCUGGGGUCAAUUAUUUACUCUUGGAUUAGCACAUUCCCUUCCUAGUAUUCUCACAUGGAUUAUAAAUCAUCUUCAAGCCAGUAUUGCACAGGAGAAAAUGACCGCAAACAAAAUUAAGUCUGUGACAGAGCAUAUUUGUCGCUUGCAAGAUUGUGUCAGCUCACUUCAUAGAUUGCAGGUGGAUUCUGUGGAGUACGCUUAUCUUAAAGCUUUAACACUUUUUAGCGCAGAUAAUGUUCUUGCUGGACUUUGGCGUAAACGUGUUCAAGUAUUACAAGAAACAGCUUGGACUGAACUACAGCAGAGAGUGGGCUCAGAAAGGCUACCGAGACUGCUUUUACGACUAGCACCACUUCGUUCAAUAAAUCCUCGAGUAUUAGAAGAUCUUUUUUUUGCAGGUCUUAUUGGCAGAGUAAGCGUAGCCAGCGUAGUGCCUUAUAUACUUACCAUGCAAGACUGUUGCAAGAUGGAACCAGAAGGUCAAAUGAGAGGGUGACAAUAACAACAGUACCUGUUAUUAGUUAAACUACAAGGACAUGAUUAGUCUCUUUGUAUUAAUAAACCGUCGACAAUAUGCAUGCGUGAUUACACGCUCACCAAGUGUACAAUUUCGUGAUUAUUAUUAUUUCUAUUAAAAGUAUAAAUAAAAGUAAAAAAAAAAACAGAAAACACACGCAUGUAAAUGUAUUAAAUAUAUUACAAAUUAAUGUCAGUAUUUUCUGAAACAGACUUUUGUAAUGUAGAUGAUUAGUGCAUAUUGCGAAUAAUAGUGCACUAAAAAAUGAAAUGAACAAAGAAAAGAAAUUGUUUAUGUUUAUAACUGUCAGUAUGAAUAUUAUCUCGUUUUUAAAACAAUGGAUAGGGCUGCGAUAAGUAAAUCUUCAAUUAUAUGGACAGAUUUUUGUUGGUGUUUGUUGAAAAUAAUAUUUAUAUUAAUAAAUAAUUAAAAUGAAAAUGGUUUGUUACAUGAUGCAGUGUGGAAAAGUUUAAAAGUAGGGACAGUUACAUGUACAUACAAUAAUACAAUUUGUGCCUAUACAGUAGCAAAUACUUAUAUUUAUAUUAUAAGGAUGU